AUGACGGCAACCACAGACCAAUCAGUUGCUACCAAGGAGGCCUUCGACCCUGUCGACGUCGCAGCCGUCCGUUACAUUGACGUGGAGGACGAAUCAUCCGACGAUGAAGCCUUCCUGGACGAGCUCGUUGGAGAGGUUUCUUCUGACGAGGAAGAAGUGAUGGAUGAAGAGACCGGCGAUCUUAUCACCACCAAGAAGUCAUCAGCCGAGAGCAAGGGUGACGUUCAUGCUCGCAUCGUCGAGUCGGUCAAACAGUCAGAGGACUAUGUCAAGAUCAAGAACACCUUCCAUGAGAAGCUUUCGACCAUCACGGUCAAAUACGGCGCCGACUCUGAAAACGCUCACGAAUCGACCGAUGAGCAGAUCCAGAAGGAGUCCACCAUCGGCGUCGAAGACGAGACCGACACUGUCACCAACGACAUCUCAUCCGGCGACAAGUACGCACUCGUCAUCGCCGACGGACACGAGACCCGCGAGGACGUCAAGGCCAACCACAUGCAGCAGAUCUGGAAGAUCGCCGAAGCUGGAACCGAGUCAGAGUGGCUCUCAGACGGCGAGCCCUACCGCCGCAAGCUGGACGGCAAGGACGUCUGGGUCGUCAACAUCGUCGAGAAGGCUCUGAUCCAGAAGAAGCUUGAGAAGAAGAAGGCUCUGGAGGCCAAGGGCAUGGACGUCGCUGUCUGGAACAGAUUCCAGGAUGCUCUCAAGAUGAACGACGAGGCUACCAUUGAGGAACUCCAGGAACUCUACAAGGGCUUCAACAUCGAGGAUGGAGCAUCUGGAGGCGCUCCUGCUAUGCCUCAGACAGUUGGAGGUGCUUCGGCCGAGCCCAAGGACAAGAAGCGUAUUCUUCCUGAGAAGAUCGCCGAGGUUGGCGAGUACUGCCGUGGAACUUGAAGGGUGCUUCAUCUCUGCAAAGAGUAGUGGCGUGCGGACAUCUGUCUCCAUGCAACCGAUGUAACGACAACAUCUUCAAAAGUUCUGUAUCGCCGUUUCCGUCUCGUUUGAAGGAAUCAC